AUGGUGCAUGGACUCGCUCGCAAGUAUGAAAUCAAUGCCGAUAUGGGCGAAGGUUUUGGACGAUGGAAGAUGGGCCCUGACGAAGAGUUGAUGCCUUUCAUUGAUGCCGCAAAUAUCGCUUGCGGUUUCCAUGCCGGUGAUCCUUCCAUUAUGCUCAAAACUAUUCGUCUUUGCAAAAAGCACGGCGUUAGAGCCGGCGCUCACCCUGGGUUACAGGACUUAUUCGGCUUCGGUCGGAGGAAGAUGGAAAUCGACGUCAACGACAUGUAUGCCAUGGUUCUUUAUCAAGUCGGUGCUCUCAAAGCCAUGCUAGAUGCUGAGGGCGUAGAGCUGUCCCACAUCAAGCCUCAUGGAGAAUUAUUCUUUUACAUGCAAAGAGACAAGGGCAUCAUGAGAGCUGUUUUGGAGGCAUGUGCGAUUUUCAAAGUGCCCGUCUAUGCCUCGCAAAAUCCUGAACAAGAGGCGAUGUGCAAGGAGUUGGGCAUUCCAUUCCAAGGAGAAGUGUAUGUCGACAUAGACUAUUCGCCAGAAGGAAAACUUGUGCCUGUGGCACAGUCUCAACAGGUUACACCAGAACUCUGUUAUGAGCGGGCAUAUGGAGCGACUAUGACUGAUAGUGGGAAGAACAUCAACGGGGAUAAGUUCAGCUUUGGCUUCGACGGCAAGCCCUUUAGCAUCUGUCUUCACUCUGAUGUGCCUACAGUCCUUCAAAACGCAAAGGUAGUACGCCAAGCAGUUGAUGAAGCAAAUCGGACCAAGUUUGCGUCGGAAGUUAGCCAGGUCAAUCAUGCGCCGUAG